UCAGGUUCGUUUGACGACAACCUAUAACUAGGUACUGACGACACAAAAGCGAAAAACCGGCUUCCUUGCCCGAAGAUCCACCAGCCGACCGAUCGGUCGGACGGUUUUAGUUGUUGACUGCGAGCUGCGAAAUAAACACCUGGUUUUUGCGCAGUCCUGGGUCGUCGUCGGUUGGUAGACAAAUUCGAGAGAAAAAGUCGUCGAAUUGAUUAAAUACCAUCCAUCGUCUUCUACCCCUACUGAACGUUUGAAUAGCAAAUAGGCGAUUGGGGCUUGUACCAGGUCACCGUAACGAAGCAGGCCGUUGUGUUGUGUUGACAAGGAUCACAGUUUUUGUUUUGUAUCUGAUGGAACAUUGAAAGCAGUAUCGAAAGUGUCCGUAAACGAUGCACGCCGGUAUGAUGUUGAUGAGAUUGCUGACGGUAUUGGGAUGCCUGGCGGUAGCACGUGCUUUGGAAGGUGAUGAGUGCCGCUUUGGUUCCGGCGUCGGAGUCUGCGUUCCCUACAGCGCGUGCCGUCCGGUGCUGGAGGUCAUUCGUGCCCGCAUCAGCAUCUGCUCCUACACCCCACGAGAAGCCGUAGUAUGCUGCCCGGUUGACUAUCGCAACCGGCUACAGCAGAUACAGCAACAAGCCGCGUCCGAAAGCGUUAGCGUAAGAAAAUGUAAAGAGUACCUCCGCCAGGCGACCCCCACAGUGCUACUCAGCACCCUCAAACAGAACGCAGAAGUGACUUUGAAGCAGGGCAAGGCAUGCUCCACCGACAACAAACUGAUAAUCGGUGGAGAGGCAGCCAAACUGGGAGAGUUCCCGCACAUGGCUGCCCUGGGCUACCAGGAGUCUCCCACUGACUCCAUCAGCUACAAAUGUGGUGGUUCGCUGAUUAGCGAUCGGUUCGUCCUGACGGCAGCUCACUGCAUGGCCCCCAGUCUGGUGACGGUUCGGUUGGGGGAUUUGAAUCUGGUAUCCGAUGCGGAUGGAUCCAAGCCGCAGGAAUACGAGGUUCGGGAUGCAAUCUCCCAUCCACAGUAUUCGGCCAAAUCGAAGCACAACGAUAUUGCGCUGGUCGAGCUGGUGGGGAAGGUAGCGUUUAGCCAGGCAAUCAGACCGGCCUGUUUGUACCAAUCGGCGGAUGUGCCGGAUCAGAAGCUGACGGCGUCCGGAUAUGGAGCGGAUCAGAACUACGGCCCCAGCACCAACAUCCUCAUGAAGGUGGUCCUGGAGCAGUUCGAUCGGCCCACGUGCCUCAACUAUUACGCACGUGCCGGUGUGAGGCGCCUCAUCGACAGUCAGAUGUGCGUCGGCUUCAAAGCCGGCGGACGGGACACGUGCCAAGGCGAUUCCGGAGGACCUCUGCAGGUGCGUGACCCGGAAAACGAUUGCGUAUUCCAGAUCGUGGGCAUUACAUCAUACGGAACGUACUGCGGCGGAGAAGUCCCGGCCAUCUACACCCGCGUCGGAGCCUUUGUGCCGUGGAUCGAGUCGGUCGUGUGGGGUGCCUGAGCAGAGCAGAGAGAGAAAAGACGUCGCACCACCAUUACCAACGCUACAACCAACGGUACGGAGUUAAAGUAGGUUUGAAGAUAUGAUAGAAAUAAAGUGAAACGAUCUUCGUGUGCCAUUUGCUGCUUCGUUCGAAGUGACGAAGCAGCUCGUAAUCGCAACGACGCUGAGCCAUAAAUCGGGCGCUCUAAGCGAAUAA